CGGGAGUCGAUGUAAACAAGAAGUGAUAUUGUGUAGUGCUGUGGCCAGGGAAAAAGCUUUGGCUUGGAAGACAUACUGUUCUCUCACCUCUAAUUUGAAUCCCAAAACCUUGUGCUGUUGGAAAGUGUGACAUCAUGGUCUUUAUGACCUGCAAUGCAGGUGCUUGUAAAUGUAUUUUCCAAAGUAUCUCUUGUCUUUGGAGUUAGUCUGAGGGGAAGAGUCAUAGCUUCACAGUGGCAGACAUUCACUACUUCAGCUUCACAUCAGAGAAGAGUCGCAUCUUUAGCUUCAGAGUGUUGGCAUCUGCAGCCUGUGUUGAGACUCCCUCUUCUUGGGAUAAGGAAGCUACUGUCCUCGUGCUGUGACUCAACUAGGCGGCUACAUGUUUCUGUAUGCUGCUGGUACGACACUGAAAAGGCUCGGGUCAAUGCCAAGAUGGUUCGUGUUCUUAAUGUGGCUGAAAAGAAUGAUGCUGCAAAGAACUUGGCUGAAAUCAUGUCCAGAGGAGGCUACAAUAGAAGAGAUGGCUAUAGUGUGUACAACAAAAUUUAUGAAUUUGACAUGAUGCUCAAUGGGCAACAGUGCCGCAUGGUGAUGACGUCUGUGUCUGGUCACCUGCUCAACCACGAGUUUACUGGCAACUACCGCAAGUGGCUAGGGUGCAGCCCGCUCCAUCUCUUUGACGCUCCAGUCCUGAAGGGCUGCUCCCAGGACAGUGAACCUAUAAAGCGAACCCUCGAGAAAGAAGCUCGUGCAGCAUCACGCCUCAUCAUCUGGACUGAUUGUGAUCGAGAAGGAGAAAAUAUUGGCUUUGAAAUAAUCGACGUAUGUAAGGCAGUCAAGUCAUCGUUGACAGUAGAAAGAGCCAAAUUUUCAGAGAUUACAUUCGCGUCUGUGAACCGGGCGUUACAAACUCUUGGAGCUCCAGACAGGCGGCAAAGUAAUGCCGUUGAUGUUCGUAGUGAACUAGAUCUGCGAAUAGGUGCAGCUUUCACAAGAUUUCAGACACUACGGCUCCAGAAGGUGUUUCCGCAGGCAUUGGCCGAGACGCUCAUUAGCUACGGUUCUUGUCAGUUCCCCACUUUAGGUUUUGUAGUGGAGCGUUACAAGGCCAUUCAGCAGUUUAUUCCUGAGCAAUUUUGGAAAAUAAAAGUGACACAUGCUGGAGAAGAUGGAGUCAUUGAGUUUAGCUGGAGACGUGUACGACUGUUUGAUCGUACAAUGUGCGAGGUAUUGUUUGAGGCGUGUCAAGAUGAGCCACAAGCAUUGGUCACAAAAAUAGUUACCAAGAACAAGAGCAAGUGGCGGCCCCUACCCCUUGACACAGUGGAGCUUGAGAAAUUGGCUUCACGUAAACUACGCCUCACUGCAAAGGAAACUAUGAAAGUUGCAGAAAAACUGUACACACAAGGUUACAUCAGUUACCCUCGGACAGAAACCAACAUUUUUCCGAAAGAACUACCGCUACGGCCACUGGUUGAAAUGCAGACAGAAGAUCAGAACUGGGGAGGGUUUGCUGCUCGUGUCCUGGAGGAUGGUCCUAACCCACGACAGGGAAGGAAGUCUGACCAAGCACAUCCUCCCAUUCAUCCAACCAAAUAUGCCAGUGGUCUGCAAGGCAACGAACAGAGGGUGUACGAGUUUAUUGUGAGACACUUCCUUGCAUGCCUCAGUAAAGAUGCGCAAGGCCUUGAAACUAUUGUUGAUAUUGAAAUUGCAGGAGAAGCCUUUACUGCAAAUGGUCUCAUCAUUCUGGAGCGUAACUACCUAGAUGUAUAUCCAUAUGAUCGUUGGAGUGACAAGGUGAUGCCGCAGUAUGAGCAGGGCCAGGUGUUUACCCCGACAUCCUUGGAGAUGGUUGAUGGGGAAACUUCACCGCCGCCUCUUCUGACAGAAGCAGAUCUCAUUGCUCUUAUGGAGAAGCAUGGCAUUGGAACGGAUGCAACACAUGCAGACCACAUAGAGACCAUUAAGUCACGCAUGUACGUAGGGUUGCAAGAUACACGGUUCAUACCAGGACAGCUUGGUAUGGGGUUAGUGGAAGGCUAUGACUCAAUGGGCUUUCAAAUGUCUAAACCCCACUUGCGAGCAGAAUUAGAAGCUGACUUAAAGAGAAUAUGUGAAGGAACUAAAGACCCAAAGCUGGUUCUUAGUGAACAAAUUGAGAAGUACCGACAUGUCUUCGAAGAAGCUUUAAGGCAGGCCAGCAAAAUUGAUGAAGCUUUGGCUCGGUUCCUGAACGAGGAGCCACGUCGCCCUGCGGAUGACGCUCCCAUCCCAGACAUUCCACAGUUUACUCCGGUGUGUAAGUGUCCCUCUUGCGGUUGUGACGUGGUGGUGAAGCAGAAGCGCAACGAAGGUUCAUACUACCUCUCAUGCCAGGGCUUCCCACAGUGUCGUUUGUCAGUGUGGUUGCCCGAGACGGUGGUCGGUGUUAACGUUAGUGAAGAGUCAUGCGCCGAGUGCGCUGGUUCGCCUAAGAAACUUCAGUUCAAGUUCCGGCCUCGGUCCUACAUGCCGUAUAUCCCCGACGAGUACGAGACGUGCCUCGGGGGAUGUGACCAACAGUUCCUAGACACUUUGGAUAUCAGAGCCUUAAUUUCAAGAGGGCAAGGAAGUGGGCAGUCACACCAGAACAGAUCUUCGAAUGCUUCGACGGACAGUGGCUACUCCUCUGCUUCCAUGUCCACUAUUUCUAACUCUAAUCAGCAAAGAAUCAUCUUUAGUCAACAAAGAGGCAACACUUCCAGUGCACAUUCAAACAGGACCACCAAUACUCAUAACAACAAUAGCAACAGAAAUGGGAGCCUAAGUUUCAGCACAGCAAACAGAGACUCUGGCGUGCGUGGAAGAGGACACAGUAAUGCUUCAAACAGCGAGAGUGGAAGAAGUACCCGGGACUCUGGCUUCUCCGCUUUUGGGUCUUCACAGUCAACUCCCCGUUUAUCGUGGAAUGGUAAUAGAAGUGAGAAUCAAGCGAAUGCAAUCGUUUGCAACUGCAACGAAGAUGCCAUUAUUCUCACUGUUCGGAAAGAAGGCCCAAAUACAGGUCGACAGUUUUAUAAAUGUGCCAAGCCUCAGGGUACUGGGUGCAACUUCUUUCUCUGGGCGGAUGAUGGAGGCAACACCGACAGAGGAGACGAUAACAGAGGGGAUGGAGGAGGCUGGGGAGGUGGAGGAGGCGGUGGCGGAGGAGGAGGAGGCUGGGGAGGUGGAGGAGGAGGAGGUUGGGGAGGUGGAGGAGGAGGCGGCAGAGGUGGAAGUGGUAGCAGUGGAGUAAGAGGCAGGGGGAGAGGUGUUAGUCAAAAUGUGUCUUCAGGGUGGAAUGGAGCUUCCAAUUCUGAUUUUGACGGCGGCGAUACGUGGGAUGACGGUAGCAUUAUCUGCAACUGCACUAUUGCUGCCAAGAGAUUAACAGUGCAGAAGGAAGGGCCAAACAAAGGCAGAGAGUUCUACGUGUGCAGCAAGGAUCGCAGUGAGCAGUGCCGCUUCUUUAAGUGGGCUGAUGAAAUAUCAGAAAGUGACAGAGGAGGUGGCAGUGGAAGCAAUGCAUGGAGUAAUGAUUCAGGUGCAAGGCAUGCAAGAGGACGAGGCCGCGGAGGAAAUGUUGGCGGGACUAAACGUAAGGCUACAGAUGGGGACGCGCCGAAGAGAAGAAAGUGUGGAGUGUGUGGGGAAGAGGGACACAAUCGUAAAAGUUGUCCUCAGAAUACAUUAUAAAUUUAAAUUUAUUUUAAACUUGAUAGUGCUAUUUCUGUAUUUGUCAGGAAAUGUAAUGCAACAUUAUGCAGUAAGGGAAGAAUUUUCUUUAGUGUACAUGUCAAGGAUGUAAUGCUCUUUAUUCUCUUCAUGCGUCACAUGAUAGGGUGUCCACGCGAUUACCAGUGGUGGUCGUGUGGUGUACCCUCCAUGGUUGCCAGUGGUGGUCGUGUGGUGUACCCUCCAUGGUUGCCAGUGGUGGUCGUGUGGUGUACCCCUCAUGGUUACCAGUGGUGGUCGUGUGGU